GAUGUUAGUCACUUUCUGAGUUUUCUGACCGUUACACGCCUGUUAGUGAGCAUGUCAGCGAACGGCCAUGAAUUGGUCUGACAGAACCUUUCAGCUUUUUGCUAACGUCGGUUGUCUUCUUGUCAUGGCAAUAACACUGUGUGUUGUUUUCAUACUUUUACCAUCUGUUGACACCUCUGGUGUGAACCUGGGCUUUGCCUCCUAUUAUGGAGACCACAUGGUGCUGCAGAAGUCUCCAGAGAGAGCUGUGCUGUGGGGUUACGGCCCUGAGGGCGCACAGGUCACUGUCUCCUUGUCAGGACCGAUAAAACAGAAAACCUCACCAGUCAAUGUGACAAAAGGUGUCUGGCGAGUCACCCUUGACCCUGUCAACGCUGGUGGUCCCUACAGUGUGAAAGCAGCCACUCCGAGCAGCAUGGCCACUCUGACGGAUGUGUGGUUUGGAGAUGUUUGGUUGUGUGGAGGACAGAGCAACAUGUACUUCAAAACAUCCCAGAUUUUCAAUGCAUCAGAGGAGCUGGCCCUCGCAGCGAAGUAUCCUCAUGUGAGGACUUUCAUGGCAGCUUUGAACCUGAGUGAAACUGAGCAGACUGAUCUGAUUCAAGUGGAACUUCCCUGGACUGUGCCCACAGCAAGGAGUCUGGCUGACUUUUCUGCAGUGUGCUGGCUCUUUGGACGUUACAUGUACGAGUUUCUGAAGUACCCCAUUGGACUGGUGGAGUCUUGUUGGGGAGGCACACCUGUUGAAGCCUGGUCAUCGACAAGAGCGCUGCAGCAGUGUGGACUACAGCGAACUAGAGAGAGUCCUAAAGACAAGAAUUCUGUCUUGUGGAAUGCGAUGAUCCACCCAAUGCUCAACAUGACCAUCAAAGGAGCCAUCUGGUACCAAGGUGAGGAGAAUGCAGACUAUCAUCAGGACAAGUACAAUUGUUCCUUCCCUGCUAUGAUUGAUGACUGGAGGAUGGCAUUUCACCAGGGCUCAGAGGGGCAGACGGCUAUUGAUUUCCCCUUUGGGUUUGUCCAGCUGUCCACCUACAAAAAAGACUCCACAGAUGACGGCUUUCCGAACAUCCGCUGGCACCAGACGGCAGACGUUGGCUUUGUCCCGAACCCACGGAUGCAGCGAACUUUCAUGGCUGUGGCUCUGGAUUUACCAGAUAUAACAUCACCCUAUGGCACGAUCCAUCCCAGAGACAAGCAGGAUGUAGCUUACAGACUGACACUGGGAGCAAGGGCAGUGGCUUAUAAUGAAAAGGACGUGUCCUUCCUCGGACCUUUCCCCAGUCAAAUCCUGUCCUCGCGAAUGUAUGUCAACAUUACCUACAACCAGUCUGUCUCUGUCACAUACUCUAAAGACAUCUUUGAGAUCUGCUGCUCCGGGAUUCAAGCUCCAUGUGGGCCUAAGUCCUUCUGGGUUCCAGCUCCCAUCGCACAAUGGGGUCCAACCACUGUCCAGUUAUCUGCCAGCUUGUGUCCACCCAGCGAUGAAGUAGCUGCUGUUCGAUAUGCAUGGAGGGAUUGGCCCUGUGACUUUAAAGCCUGUCCAAUCUACAGCGCCAGUGGGAUUUUACCUGCCCCUCCUUUUAUUUUCAACCGCUACCCAGAUAAAGGAAACAUUUGGAAAAGCUACUGAAGCAGAAACUGCAAGAGGACAAUGUGAUUUUAAAAAAAAAAACUAACACACAUUUGGUCGUUCAGGUCAAAUGAGCUGAUUGGACAGAUACCGUGCGGUAGGAGACUCACCAUCGUGUUAGAUUUAUUCAAAAGAUUGGUCUGGACACUGGACUAUACAGGAAUGUAUAAUUUGGUUUCAGUUUAUCCUUUACAGUGCAUUCGGAAAGGUUUCAGACACUUUUUAAAAUGGAUUCAAUUCAAUUUUAAAAAAUAAAAGACUGAAAUAUCCCAUUUACAUAAAUAUUCAGACCCUUUGUCAUGACACUUGCAAUUGAGCUCUGCUGCAUCCUACUUUUAUCAAUGGUCCUUGAGAUGCUUCUACAACUUGACUGGAGUCCACCUGUGCCUAAUUGGACAUAAUUAGGAAAGGCACACACCUGUCUAUAGAAGGUCUCACGGUUGAUGGUGUAUGUCAGAGUGAAAACCAAGCCAUGAGGUCGAGAGAAUUGUCCGUAGACCUGUGAGACAGGAUUGUGUCAAGACACAGAUCUGGGAAGGAUACAAGAAAAUUUCUGCAGCAUUGCACUGCAGCCUCCAUCAUUCUCAAAUGGAAGAGAUUUGGAACCACCAACAAUAUUCCUAAAUCUAACUAUUUGAGCAUCACCUCAUUACUACCAACCCUACAGUAAAACACGGCAGUGGCAGCAUCAUGCUGUGGGGAUGUUUUUCUUCGACAAGGACUGGGAGAGUAGUCAGGAUAGAGGGAAAGAUGGAUGCAGAAAAGUAUAGAGCAAUCCUGAGUGAAAACCUUUUCCAGAGUGCUCUGGCUCGCAGGCUGGACCUGAACCCAAUAGAGCAUCUCUGGAGAGACCUGAAAAUGGCUGUGCACCGACGCUCCUCAUCCAACCUGGUUGAGCUUGAAGGAUUCUGCCAAGAAGAAUGGGAGAAACUUUGAAAAGAAAGGUGUGCCAAGCUUGUAGGACCCUUCCCAAGAAGACUUGAGGCUGACAUUGCUGCCAAAGGUGCUUUAAGAAUUAAGUGAGGGGUCUGAAUAUUUAUGUAAAUGGGAUAUUUUAAUCUUUUAUUUUUUUUUUU